UUCUUGUUUAGUCAGAAACUGCCCUCAAUAAUGGCUGAAGCUCCUGCCGUAGACGAGGCGCUGACACCAGACGAUGCGAGUAAGAUACUGGAGGAAUUACUAGAGGCACAGAACGAGUCGCUUAUGCUGGGUCUGGGGUUGAAUUUGCGAUUACAUGAGGUGGAGGCCAUCCAUGGGAGAUAUUUAGACCCACGCGUACGCCUUCUCUACAUCAUUAUCGCUUUUCUGAAGCAAGAGAAGCCAAGCUGGAGGGUUAUUGUACAAGCUCUCAGGAAUCCCAUUGUCAGCUUACCAGCACUAGCUAGGAGAGUGGAAGAAGCUCAUUUCCCUGAUCCUACCGCAACACAUACACCAGCUUCUGCUCCAGUCAACGAUCCUACACCUAAGUCGCAUCAGUUGAUAUUAGAUAAAAAUGGUGGUGCUCCUGUACCUGUUCAAAUACCACAAGCCACUGGUGUUCAAUUGGAUGCUCAGAUCCAGGAAAUCGGGAAACAAAUUAGGCAGCUCGAGAAAAAGUUUAAUGAGAUGAAGUUUGAAUGCAGAAGCAGUCUGGAGAAGAGAAAUGUUCCUGUUAAGAAAGUCGUUGAUGCAUUAACCAACCUACCAGCAGAUGAUGUUGAGGAACACAGACAGAUUUUGCAGGGGCAACUGAGUGUCUUCUAUCAAGCCACUGAUCAUGCCGAGCUCAUUGGACAGUUGAGCUUCAACAUGAACUAUCUGUCAUACCACUUAUUGGAGUAUGUGAUGAAGGAAUUUGAUAUGGAUCAUGUAAAACCUAAGAUGGAAACCUACAAAUCAGAUCUACAGCAGUUUAGAAAAAGGACACCAUUAACUCUGUUCUGUCGGGCAUUAAAGAAAAAGAAAAUCAAGCUGUCACCAGAAUUUCAAGAGUUAGUUGCUGAGUUUGACUGGCCAGAGAGUGUGACACUAGAAGUUGUGGAGCAGUUUAGACAAGAGUAUGCCUCCCACUAUAACCUGCGAGAGUGUGCCAUGAUGAUUGCACACAUUCGUCCUGGUUCUUUCAUCAUCACCUGGUUCAUACCUGAAUCAGUUGUCGAAAAAUUGAAGAAAAAUGUGCCCAAAGCAAUUCUCAAACGGUAUUUAGUCAUUAAAUUGGUGAUUGCAGGAUCUUGUGUGCAUCGUUUACGUAAACCUCAGGAGACGCUCCCUGUCACUCCAUCAACCAGCAGUGGUCCAGCCAGUGCAGCAUCAAUUGGAGCCACUGGACUAGCUGUUUCAGGAGCUAAACCAUCUGUCGGUCAACCUAAGCCAUCACCAGAGGAAGAUUAUCUGUUUGUUGAGGAGCCAUCUGUUGACUUCUUCUGUCCAGUGACAUACGGUCUACUGCUCCAGCCUCACCUCACUUCAUGCUGUGGAAAACAUCUCUCAGAGGAAGCUGCUACAAGGAUAAAGAAAGAGGGGCGUGCAUGUCCACACUGCAACACUUCUCCGUGGAGCGUAAUGUUGGAUAAGCAUUUCCAGCGUAAAGUGAACUCACUGUCUGUGUUCUGUUGUCAUGAGGACAGAGGGUGCUGGUGGAUCGGAGAGCUGGCUGCCUUUCAUAAUCAUGUCCUAUGUUGUCCCAUGUCAAACGCUACAUUGGUAAUGGAGCUUGUGAAACCACCUCUGUAUGGAGGUGGAGCAACAGUCAGAGUAGAGAGUUUUCUUAAAGACGUGGAUCAUUCGUAUAAUACUCAGCUUGACAAGUUACCAACAGCUUCCAUACCAGCACCUACAGUCAAACCAGGAGAGGUUACAUCAGUUGAGUUGGUGGCCUAGAAAAAAACGGGGAAAGACAUAACAAUGAACUGCCCAUGUGGUGCCCACACCUUUAUCUGCUCUUCAAUGCCAGGAUGAGCCAUUUCCGGAGAAUGAUGUUCCAACAUGUGGUCAACGGUGUGGUAAGAAACUACCUUGCUCUACUCAAGGAGAGCAGCACAUUUGUCGUUCCCAAUGCCAUAACGGACCGUGUCCACCAUGUACAAAAUCUCGUAUUGUGCAAUGCUAUGAGUGCAAGGUUAAAGUACGUCUUGACUGCCAAGAGAUUGACCUAACCGAUCAGCAUGUGUGUUCAAAGUGCUUUAGAAAGCAAUGAAUUGUGGACGUCAUCAGUGUGGCAAACACAACUGUGCAGUAAGUUCUGCUGUGUGCAUUAUUAUUAGCUUGUUAUGCUGAACUAAUCUUCUAAGGAACAGGAAAUGGCACAUUUGUGCAAUAAGAAGUGUAUGAAACGUCUUCCUUGUGGUAACCAUGAUUGUGACCAACCCUGCCACAGUGGAGACUGUAAAGAAUGUACUAAAACAAGUAUAAAAAAGCUCUCAUGUGACUGUGGUGAGGAAGUGAGAGGACAGUGUGGAGCUAUAACACCAGAAUGCAAGAAACGAUGUGCACGAGUACAUGCUUGUGCCCACGAAGUGACCCAUACAUGUCAUAAUAAAGAAACAUGUCCUCCAUGUUAUGCCCAAGUACAGAGAACGUGUGUUGGUGGACAUGAUAUAAAAUCACAUGCAAUGUGAUGUGUGGAAAACCACUCCCAUGUGGACAUGAGUGUCAAGAAGAGUGUCAUGAUGGUAUUUGCAAGAAGGAAUGCAAACAGCCCUGUCUAAUUAAAUGCAAAAAUGGCAGCCAUAAUUGUGUUGCUACUUGUCAUUAUCCACAUAAAUGCCCUUCUUGCAAAGAAACAUUUAUUUGAAAUGUAAGUGUGGUAAUAAAGAACAACGGGCACUUGCUCUUUGUACAAGCAAUGGAAAGACACUACAAUGUGGCACAGGGUGCACUGCACAAGUGGACUCUACUCAACCCAGGAGGGGUCCUGGUGUGGAUUUCGAAGAUUGGGUGAUUGUACAAUUGCAAUCAUUCAUUGAAAAAGCUAAGAAGGUAUGAGAAAAGAGUAAGCAUAAUAAAUAUGUAAGCUGUAGUGACUUGAAUCAGUCAGAGUGCAGUGUAUGAGUGUUGCUCAUUAUUGUGGUCUCUUAUCAUCACUUCUGGUCGAGCUAAUACUACAUAAAAUGAGCAACUCCUGUAUUAAUAAAAAUUUUAGAAGUCGGAGGGACUAAUUCCACCAGAGUAUAAAUUCAAAACUACUUCAAGCUACAACAGAAGGAUCAUUCAUCUUCAAGCAGAAAAACAUGGAUGUACAAGUGAAAGCUUUGACGUUGAACCAAAUCGUUACACAAUGGUUUAUUACAAGAAGUAGAAGCAAAGCAACCCACCUAGAUGUAUAAGUUGUGCUGUACAUUGUGUAACAUACUGAAAGGUACUUAGCUAUUAUCUGUAGUUACAAGAUUAAUUCAAU